AAACAAUAACGCUGUAUUUAUAUACUAUACCUGCUAAAUAUUAGUUUUUACUCAGCGGAAUAAAAAAAAAGAUGAAUCCAAAUUAUGAAGAUUUGUCAGCAUGGAAUUUGAAUGACGCGAACAAUCCUAUGUCAAACACUAACUCAUAUUAUCCUGGAGGUCCAGGUUUCCCAGGUGGUGGACCAGGAUAUCCAGGAGGCGGACCAGGAUAUCCAGGAGGAGGACCAUGCUAUCCUGCAGGUGGACCAGGGUUUCCAGGAGGAGGAGGUCAAGGAUUUCCACCACCAGCACCAUGCCAAGGAGCACCACUAGGUUAUCCAGGUCCUGACCCUGCAGGCUUUCCACCUUCUGGUUCUAUGGGAUUUGGUAAUGGACCUCAAUAUGGAUAUAAUCCAAGUGGUGCAGGCUAUCCAGCUCAAGGAUAUCCACAAACAGAUUCAAACUAUGGAGGCGCACGCCAGUAUAUUCCAGGCGCACCUAUUUGCCCAUCACAACCAUCGUGCGGAACUAUGGAUUCAUUCAGUUAUAAUGAUAGUGAUUAUGGAAGAGGUACAGACCGAAAUCCAUAUUCCGAGCCAAAUAGAUCUUGUCAGUCCAAUUCGUAUAAAGACAUAUUUAAUCCAACAGUCAAAGAUGCACCCAACUUUGAUGCUGAAGCAGACUGUGAACGUUUAAGAAAAGCAAUGGCAGGAUUAGGAACAAAUGAAAAAGAAUUAAUUGAUGUUAUGGCACAUAGAAGUCCUGCUCAACGUGUAGCAAUCACAAAGAAAUAUAAGGCAUUAUUUGGAAAAGAUUUAACAUCUAAAUUUCGGUCUGAAUUAAGUGGACACUUUUUAGAUUGUAUGAUAGCCUUGUGUUUAUCACCAGCUGAAUUCGAUGCUUCUGAGUUGUAUAAAGCAAUGAAAGGUCUUGGUACAGAUGAAGAUGUUCUUAUUGAAAUAUUAUGCUCUAGAACAAAUGAACAAAUCAGGGAGAUCAAAGAAGCCUAUUCAAAAAUGCAUCGUGGACGUGAUCUUGAAAAGGAUAUCAGAGACGACACGUCAGGAUAUUUUAAACGUGUUUGUGUAGCACUUGUACAAGGCGAUAGAGAUGAAAAUCCACAAGUGGAUGAAAGUCGUGCACGUCGAGAUGCUGAAGAAUUGUAUAAUGCAGGAGAGAGAAGACUUGGAACGGAUGAAUCAAAAUUCAUUCAAGUACUAUGUUCACGAUCAUACCCGCAUUUACGUGCAGUAUUUGGUCAUUAUACAACUCUUGGUAGAAGAGAUAUGGAGAAGGCGAUAUCAUCAGAGAUGAGUGGUGAUCUGUGUAAAGCUAUGCUUAGUACUGUGAGAUGUAUUCAGAACAAACCCAAGUACUUUGCUAAAAAACUCAGAGAUUCUAUGAGAGGAGCUGGAACGAGGGAUACAACACUAAUUCGUAUAGUUGUUUCACGAUCUGCUAUUGAUAUGGGUGCAAUAAAAACAGAGUUUCAGAGUCUUACUGGAAAAACUCUUGGAUCUUGGAUAGCUGACGAUACGAGUGGAGAUUAUCGACGACUUUUACUAGCGCUUGUUGGUGCAUAA